AUGAACUUACACGCCGCCAUCCUCGCCCUCUCAACAACGCUCCUCCUCCUCCUCCUCCUCCCAGCCCUCUACCGCCUGCACACCAUCCUCUCCCCGACGCGGCCCAAACCCCGCCUCGUACCAGGGGAAAAUGCACACAUCCUCAUCGUCCUCGGCUCAGGAGGCCACACGGCCGAAAUGCUCAGCAUGCUCUCGCGGGCAGAACUCGACUGGAAAAACAAGUUAUCGCGGCGGACGUGGGUCGUGGGUGAGGGGGAUGGGAUUUCUGCGGAGAGGGCGGGGGGGUUUGAGAGGGAGGUUAUUGGCGGUGGUGAGGCGGAUGAAGAGGGGGAAGGGAGGUGGAGUGUGCAGACCGUGCCGAGGGCGAGGAAGAUCCAUCAGAGGGUGUGGACGGCGCCGUGGAGUUGUGUGAGGUGUGCGUGGGUUUGUUGGGGAGUUCUCUUACCUUCAGAGGAGGAGGAGAGGGAAAGUGCGGACUUCCCCGACAUCAUCCUAGUCAACGGCCCCGCGACGGCGACGAUUUUGGUGUUUGUGAGUGUUUUGAUGAGGUUUCUGGAUGCUGGCGGGUGUCACUCGAGGGGCAAGAUGAGGACCGUGUAUGUGGAGAGUUGGGCGAGGGUGAAGAGGGUUAGUUUGAGUGGAAGGUUGUUGGGGUGGGUCGUGGAUCGGUUUUUGGUGCAGUGGGAAUCUUUGGAGGGGAGGGUCGGUGGGGGGAGGGGGGAAUUUGUUGGGGUGCUGGUUUGA